AUGCCUUCCGCCGUGCAGAAUGCUUCGAGGGCCGAGAAUUCAGAUUUGGGAGACAUGCGGGGAUGCGGCCACUCGGACGCGCUUAAAAAGCAGCGCUCUCGAGAGCGAAGGGAGAGAGAGAGAGGAGAGAGAUUGUGGCGAGGGGGAGCAGCCCCACCGACUUCCCAGGGCGCUUCUCGACUCGCCAACCCCAUCGCCACGCGAGUCCUGCAGCUGCUACUGCUGCUGUUACUGCUGCUACUGCUGCUGCUGCUACUGCUGCUGCUACUGCUGCUUCUACUGCUGCUACUGCUGCUGCUACUGCUGCUGCUACUGCUGCCACUUGCCACCGGAGAAACUGCCGCGAAGAGGCGGAGAGCCGCUGGCUCCACGCACGACCCGCGCGAUGCCUCCCACGUGCUGCCGCUGGCUCCUCCUCCUCCUGCUGCUGUGUCGGGGCGCGAACUCGGGUCCCGUGAGUCCGGGCCAGGAGGGUCCCUUCCUUCCUGCCCGGGGAACUCGGCCGCCUCCUCUCCUCGUUUGGCUACCACCACAAGCUGCGCGCCAUCCAGGGCGGCGGCGGCGGCAGGCGAUGGCGGUGGCGACGACGGCGGCCAGGAGAGCGACUACGGCGAGGAGGAGGAGGAUGACGAGGAGGAUGACGAGGAAGAGGUGAACGAGGUAGAAGACCGACAGCUGGGGCUCAGGGCGGGAGGCUCGUGGCGCUCGGCGCAGUGGAAGGGGCGGAGGACCAACGCGCACCUGCAAGGCAAGCGGGCCGGGAAGGGCGCCAAGUUCGCGCUGUCCCUGGACGUCCCCACCAACAUCCUGAGCAUCCUCAUCGACCACGCCAAGGCGAGCGACACGCGCUCCAAGGCGGCACACAACGCCAAGCUCAUGGCGCGCAUCGGCCGGAGGAAAUAAGCGCGACGCCGGAGAGAGAGAGAGGGGGGGGGGAGGGAGAUUCUUGGUGGAUGUGGAGGGAGGGAGCUCCCUGGCCUCCCGGGGCCCUGUUUUCAUCGUCUUAAGGUUCUUCCUAGGACACGGUUGUCAGGUCGCUGGGUCAUGGGCUGUCUUGAUUACACUCAUCAUGGGCCUGGGUCUUCAGGUCCUCGUUCCUGGGUUCCAGGUUCCAGGUCCUGGGUUGUCUUGGCUACUCGGCCCUCAGUCGUGAGUCCUAAGGUCUCCCUCCACCCCCCCCCCCCAAAACAAAAUGUCAUCACCACUUCUUCCAUCCAUGUCCACCUUCAACCCCCUGACCUCUAGUAGUCUAAUCCUACAUCUACUCCAGGGGGCUGACGGGAAGGGAGCCGUUCACCCAUUCAUCAGAAGUGCACCGCCUCCUCCUGUCUCCCUUGUCCAUUAAAGUACUCGGAGAAAGUUUUAGCAGAGUACCCCCCCCCUCUCUCCACCCCCCCCCCCCACCUCCCAAAAGAAUCAGUGUGGAAUGAAAACGUCGACGGAUAAAGAUUAGUUCAUGUCCAUGCGUAUAGGGUCGAUACAUCGAGUACUACGUUGUGGGAAGUCAACUGUGGUUGUAGAAUAAAAUUACUCGGCCUUGCCAUAAGAAUGUGGAAUUUCCAACACCGGCUUUGGUCUGUUCGGAUGCUAUGGAACCACGUUGACAGUUUUAAAUUCGUGACCCCCCUCUUUCGAUCUCCUGUUCUCCUCCGGGAAAAAAAAUAUUCACACGCCCACGGCGAUUCAUCGGCGAAGUUACUCGGCCAUCCCGAUGCCCUCUCGGGGUGUGGCGGUGCGUCAUCAUCCCGCACGCGUCGCCACUGGCGGCAGCAAACGUCGACCACGCGGAACGGCGCCUUCUCGAACCCCGCGUAUCCUCGCGACAGACCACGAGCCACGCGCCCUCCGUCGGCCGUCGGCCCUCUUCCUUUCGAGUGCAAGCGAAGGGAAACGGGCACGCGACGCACGCCGCACGCGCCUCAUAGUUGCUCAACGGCACCCGCAUCCGUAUAGCCCUAACAGACUGCAGGGGCAAGUGCUGUUAGCGAGCACCUAUGAAGGCCGGAACGGCACACGAAAGGGUGGGUUGGCCAGGGCCACGCCCGACCGCCUUUGUCUCCCCAGUGGCGAUGAUUUUGCACACCGCACCAGAUACUCAUUUGAGGCUGAGUCGACCUAGGGGGAGACCCAUGAUCGGUUCAGAUAAUCGUCACCGGUGUUGGCCGUGAACGGGAAUCGAACUUGGGUCGCUGGGUUCAUAGCGCAGCGCGCUAACAGCUACGCUACCUGUUCCCCAUGCAGACUAACACAUUGAUAAUACAUUACCCACACACAGAUCACUGUCUUCAUCUGAAGCAGCAUGCUCUCACGUCACGUGUGACACACACGCGAACAUAGACACAUACAUGCUUACACGCGUCCAUCGUCAUCAUCAUCCGAACGCAGUUCGCAAUCAUCAGGCGCGUGCGGCUUGUAAGCCGCCUCAUUCGUCGGCGCGGUGACUUGGUAAACGUGGGACGAGCGGUGAACCUCCGGGUUGUUUGAAGGCCCAAGGGGGUUCGGAUGUCGAUGGCAAUUCACACGUGGGAGGGCAGUUGCACGGUAAGGGAUGUCUAGUCUUGAUUUGAAGCUUGCGUGAAUGCAGGAAUCCAUACUCUUUUGUUCUUUCGGAACCAAAGCGUAGGGGAUGUCUACUUUACGCGAGCGUGAUGCGGGCUCGGAGUGGCGUUACAUGCGUCGACGUUCCGUAGCUAGAACAUACUCCCGUUCCAUAGUUAACGCGCGCGCAGACACACACACAAAUACAAAAGAAAACGCAACGUAUUCGUCUAAUAGCACUGCUUGAAAAGGAAAAUAGAGGGUAUGUGAUAGGUCGACGUUUCAGGUAAUGGCCCUACUUCAUAGCACAUAACUGGAGAGGCAUGUAGAGAGAUGGGUUGGUUAUGGUCAUCACUUGUUUACAGCACGGCGCCAAGAUGAUCAUUACGCAUAAUAAGAGUUUGUGUUGGGUUACAUCGCGUAAAUAUAAACGCAUCGAUAAACCCGCCACCACCCCACACACUAUCAGGAGCUAGUCCAGUAACAGGUGACCCCCUUCAUCAAUCAAAUCAGCACUUGUGAAUGCACUCGUUGGUAAUAGUAGUAAUGAUUUUAACAUCGACAUAAAAAGUCCACGUUGCUGGCCACAUGCUCACGUUCCGUACAGAGCGCCUUCCAACCUCUGCGUCCUAACUGCUCCGUCACCACGCAACAAAGACAAAUAUCCCCCGUGCAGCCUUAGCAGACUUGUAGGGGCAAGUGCUGUUAGCGAGCACCUAUAAAGGCCGGCACGGUACACGAGGGGAUGGGUGGCCAACACCACGCCCGGCCGCCUUUGUCUCCCUAGUGGCGAUGUUUACACACCGCACCGCUUAAACUAUUUAAACUUUGCUUUUUUCAAAAGGCCCAUUGAGCUGUGUAGCUGUGUUUUUUCAGAAGCGACCUGGCCACAAAUGAUAGUUCAACGAAGUGGCUUAUCACGUGGACAUUCACAGCAGCCAAAUUUUCUAAAACGCACGAUUCUAAAAGUGGAGUAACGAAACCGGAGGACCCAGAAUCGACCUCGGGGGAGGCCCAGGACCAAUUCAGAUAAUCGUCACCGCUGUUGGCCGUGAGCGGGAAUCGAACUCGGGUCUCCGGGUUCGUAGCGCAGCGAUCACCGUCGCUCGUGUUACAUUACUUAAAAUGUAACGAAGAAUGGAGACACAUUUUCCCUGACAAAAUAUUUACGAAAUUACAAACUUUACAAUGAAAGUGUCUUCGGUAAUCGACAUUAACCGUAACAUUCCUGCAGAGCAGCGAUUAUUAUUUUAACUUACGAAUUGACGGCAUGGUAUAGUUAAAUAUGACGUCAUCAUAUUUGUAGUUUCGCUUAAAUCAUCGUAACUCAGAGCGUGUCAGCAUGUGCGCGAUGACCAUUCCACAUGGCAAUGCUAGACUUUUCUUCUUGGUUCUUUCGGUAAAGUCACGUAGAAGGGCAAUAAUAAAAUAAUAAUAAUGAAACAAUUAAAUUAUUCUCACCAGGUCAGACCUGGUCUUCACCUGAGGACGGCUGCUUGCGUUGUGGCCGAAACGUCGUGAGAAUUAUUUUAUUAUUUCCCUUCUACGUGACUUUACCGAAAGAACCAAGAAGAUGAAUCCCUGCAGUCACUAAAUCUUGCUAGACUUUUGUUAAGUAGACUGCAGCAGCGCCUUUCAUCAAAGCCAUUCGGCGACCGUGGCAUUCCGCCAAUGGAGCCUUAGCCCACGAUAUCGCUCAGCAACUUCGCGUUGAGAUUCUCCCAGAUGCAUCCAAAUCGUUCGAGUAGCUUAUGCGGCUUAAUUGGCUCUCUUCCCCGGCUUCUUGCGGCGUCUUCGAUGUCCCAAGUCGAGUCUCUCGUUUUCUCAUCGCACGUUUCAGAAUUCUAACUUCGCCUUUCUCCCAAUUGUUAUUCACGUUCUUGUGUUUGCACCACGCUGCUGAUACCCACCAUACAUCAUCGUGUUGGUAUUCAUCUCGUCCGUCCGUGACAUGUUCGGCAUCAUUAGAACAAACACAUUUCUACUGCUCGUCGUUUGCUCUGUCGGGUCUUUGCGUUACUCCACUCAAGCUUUCACAUCCCACGUCGGAGAAGAGACCACGUGCGGUAACACCGCAGUCGCAAGACUUCUAAAGUCAUCUUCAUUCUCUAUGUCAUUCCUUCCGGCAAGAAAAAAAAACAUCAAAGCACAACAAUGACGGCAAAGUUCAACAGCAUCGCGAAUACGAUCGCAAAGUUGUGGGCGAUACGGACAUCGCGAUGUAUCGUUAGCUCCUUGACAUUUCAUAUCGUAUCGUGGGAAAAUAUCAAUGUAAUAAUAUAAUAACAUCACGGUCAUUCCUAUAGACUGGCCGAGUUUGAGAUGAUGAUCACAGACAGACAUCCACGCGUCACGGCCUAGAGGCCGAUCUUACUGUUGAAAUAAAUGUAACCAACAUGCAGACUCGCUCAUGUCCCUUGUAUUAUGUUGAACUUCUUUCGCACCGUACCGUAGCCAACCGUGAUCGUGUCCUCUUCCCCCCCCCCCCCCGUCGCAAGCCUGUAUAUAUAUAAACAUAUACAUUAUUAUACGAGAUGUGUAUUUUUGUUCGGAAUGUAAAUGUACAUAGAAGAAAACAAAACAUUUAAGCGUAUUGUACAAUUGUGCUGUUCUGGUUAUGAUAUGAAUAUGACAAGAAUAUGCUAUGUUAAUUUAAACCAU